AUGAUGAAUCGAUUCGAAGAGGCGCUUGAAUGGUAUGACAAAUUAUUGGUCAUCAAUCCAUAACAUACUGAUUCGUUAUAUGGGAAAAGUAAAUUUAUAAGAAUUAAUCAAAGGUGAAUGUUUAAAAAUGAUGAAUCAGUAUGAAUUAUCUCUUAAAUUUUAUGAUAAAAGCUUAAGCAUCAACUAGAAUCAUUUAUUAACAAUAUGGGGGAGAGAUAGUUUCUAUUUUCAAUUAAAAAGGUGAUUGCCUAAAAAUGAUGUAUCGAUUUGAAUAAGUUAUAGAAUGGUAUGAUAGAGCAUUGAUUAUCAAUCCAUUACAUGGGCUUUCUUUAUGGGGAAAAGGUAAAUUAAAUUAGAUAAAUGAAAAGUGAAUGCUUAUCAAUUUCUUAUGGAAUGUUUAAAAUAAAAAUGAUGAAGCACUUUAACUAAGCUCUAAAACAGUAUGAUGAAGCACUGAACAUUAACCCUCAAGAUGUCUAAUCUUUAUGGGGAAGAAGUAAAUAUAAUUAAUUGUUUUAAGGUGACUGUUUACAAAUAAUGAAUUAAUUUGAAUUGGCAUUUGAGUUUGAGUUUUUGAUAAAGCAUUAAUCAUAGACCCAGAACAUAUAUUAUCUUUAUAUGGUAAAGGUACAAUUUUUUAUUAUUUUAGCUUAAUGUGCAUAUGCCCUUGGUCAUUAUGAAAAAGCAAAUUCAUUUCUAGUGA